AUGGCUCUCCUUCAGAGAAUUCUAGUUGUUAUAAUUUGGUUUUCUUAUGUUUGCAUCACCGUGAUAGGCGAUUCUGAUACGACGAUCGUAUACAGAAUAUGCAACGGGAUUAAGUUCGGAUUCGGAAGCACCUAUGGAGGUCAAGUGGAUAGCGUCCUUCAAGAUUUGGUGUAUAACACGGCAGAUAAUGGUUUUGACUAUUACAGACAAUCGACCGUCUCGGAUCAAGGUUGCUAUGGCCACUCGGCUUGCAAUGGAGCUCUUUCCCAUUACGACUGCUUCACAUGCUUAAUAUCUGCAAGAUACGAUUUGAGAGAUGGUUGUCCAGAAAACACCGGUGCUCAAGUGCAGCUUAAGGAUUGUAGGAUGAGUCAUGUGAAGAUAAAAACCCUUUGA